UUGCCGCCUGUCAACAACUUUGCGCCGUUUCCCUUUCGUCGGUCGUACUAACAUUCUCUGUUCCACUCUCCAUCUUAUUCUCACCUUCUACCGGAUUUAUUUUCUUCAUCAGACAUGGAGUAAAGAUUCCGGACCAUCCAUAUUCUUCUUUUAUUGGUUCUUAUCUUAUUUGUGUGUGUGUUUCUUCGUCAACAUGGACCUCGUGUUUCUAGGAUUAAUAUUAUGUUCUUUAGUUCCGGCCAUUUGGAGCAAGGCGAUGUUAGAUCUACGGUUCAUCCGUUACAUUAACCACGCCGGAACCGGUGAAAACGGACACUGCUGUGACGGGAGGGGAUUCUUUUGUUUCAGUAAAUGUGACCACCGAUUUGUCAUAUGUGUGGACGAGGCAGAAAACAACAGGGACGUGAACCGGUGUCUGAUCGGGAAGAAAUCCUCCAAUUCGAUUGACAAUGCCAAUGUCAAUAUCUUCGCAGAUUCAUUCGGAGGCGUCAAGAAUCCGAUGAGAUUUUAUAUUGAUAUCUGGAAGGAGAAGGCCCAACUUAAGGUGGACGUGUUUGAUGUGGACGACAAUUCCGACGAUAAAGUGGACUUCCUGUAUGGAAACUUUACCUUGUCAGCGGCAAAAAAUAUUAAGCUGUCACGUGAACACAGCUUCCGGUUAGCAACCCCUAGGACAUUACUGGACUACAAGGUGAGCGUUUAUUGUGAGGACAGUCAUUACGGUGCCGGAUGUGACGUCAGAUGUGAGGAGCACGAUGAUACCACUGGGCAUUACACAUGUGACCCGAAGACAGGAGAGAAAAUCUGUAUGGAAGGUUGGAAAGGAGAUGAUUGUAAUAAAUCUGUACAGGACCAGGGAUUAUGUGGAACCGUGGAAUGUGGUGCAAACCAAAGGUGUACGAAUUCCUCUUCAGGUCUUACCUGCGAAUGUAUAGGAGGCUUCACAGGAGAAAAUUGCACGGAUGUCAUGCCAGUGAAGUGCUCUGAUGGCUAUUGUCAAAACAAUGGAACUUGUUAUGUAACCAGCAACACAAUGAAGUGCCUCUGUAGUUUAGGGUGGAAAGGCGAAAUGUGUGACGUGGAGCACGACCCGUGCGAAUUCAACCCGUGUCAAAGGAACGGUACCUGUGUGUACACAAAGAAUGCGGGGUAUAUAUGUGAAUGUCCGCUAGAUUCACAAGGAAUACACUGUGAAAACGUUAGUACGUGUUCAAGUCAGCAAAACGUUUGUUUAAACGGAGGAACAUGCGUCCAAGAAAAUUAUAAAGGGGAAUGGUAUUUUUGUGACUGUCCUAUAAACGCCACGGGGAAACAUUGUGAAACAAUUAUAGAUCUUCAAAACGAGACUGCUGAUUCCAAUGAUACCACUACAGAGACGACCACCCGUGUUCCCGUGCCAACCACAACUACAGCGCCAAAAGCUGUCGUGGUUCUUCGGGGGAAAGUAGAUAGUCGGAAUGAGGAGGCGAUAAAGAAAGCAUUGGUUAAAAUCAUUCACGACUUCACAGACAUAAAGGGACAGCUGAAUUUGGAGCUGGAAAAGGAUGUUUACAAAACAACGGAAGGUGAGAUUUUGACGGAGUUAGCUGUCCGAGGGACUGCGGACGGUGUACCAUUCAGUGUGGAUGAAAUUCAGCGAGUAUUAUCUGAUUCCCAUGCUGCUAUGGUGGACCACUAUCUUCCUAUCCCACGUGAUCUCCCUGACGGACACUUCCACUCCUCCCUCCCAUCAAACGCCGUGCAAGAGGAAUUCGAGCACGACGGUUGGAUCCACCAAUAUUGGUUUGUUGUUCUUCUCAUCGUUCUAGCUAUUGUGGCUCUCGUCAUGUUCAUCGUAGGUUUCAUCAUUGUCAAAAGGAAAAAAACGCUGGAAGAAAUGGACAACAAGGCCAAUGUUGCGAGGACGAGCUCCAACGUGUCAGAUGCGAGCAGUUCUAACCCGCAGUCCUUUGAAAAUUCACUUUAUUUUGAAAUGAAUCAACAGAAGAAAGAUAACAGUAAAGUGAAUUUCAAAGUUAUGCCAUGACGUCACAGUUUCGUGAAUUUCAAUAUGAUGUCAUGACGUCAAAGUUACGUGAACUUCAAAAUGAUGUCAUGACGUCACAUAUGUCUGCGGCAAAAUGUCUCAUGAAUAUGCAGCUAGUGCCAUCUUGUAGAAUUAUGUAGAAUGUUUGUCAGCCAAAUGCUUUCUAAGAAAGUGCCAAAACGAAGACUUAAAGUGGAGAAUAUGCUUUAUAUAUCUUUAUACAAUAUGUCCAAAAAGAGCAACUAAAUUGUUGUUAUUUCAAGUUUUGAGAGUGUUGGUAAUACGAGUGAAAAAGUAGGAAACGAUUAAAUACAUGGUGUCUUGUCGGUUACUAAGGAUGUGAGUGGUCUGAUGAUGUUUGUGCAAAGACAGGAAGAAGCCCUGUUUGAUAAUCCAAUAAUGUCACUAAGACAUAGUUUUAAGAUUAUUUAAACGAGAAAGUGCCAUGAAUUUUGAAUUGUUCAACAUAUGUUUUUACUUAUUGUAUCUUUAUAUACGGGACUGUGUAAUAUGUUUUAAUCUGUUUUUUAUAUGUAAAAAUAUGGCAAUGCUGUAUCAGAUAUUUUAAUGAUGUAACUCUGUACAGUCUCUAGUGAUGUUGGUUAUUUAAUGUUUGAUAUUUAUAGAUUACCUGUAAGUAGCUCGACAUUCACUUCUGUUUACGUUUAAAAAAAAGAUUUGUCUCUAAAUCUAUUUUCAUGCAGUUUUGAUUUUAUUGAUUUACUGCAGUUUUAAAUUCACUGAUUUGAAUUAAGCUUUUAACACGGUAUUAAAUUCAUUGAUUUGAAGUAAGUUUUUAACACGGUAUUAUAUUCGCUGUUCUGAAUUGACAGUUUUCUAUGCAGAUUAAGAUUCACAGAUUUUUCUAUGCAAUCUACAUAAAUACUUGUUGUAGUUAUAAAAUAAUGGUUUGGACAUACAAUGAAUACAGAGAAAAUCAAACUGCGGUGAAUGCACUAAUGUAACACUAGUUAUAUCCUGUCUUAUUGAAAAUUCAACGCUUCCUGUGAUUUAUAUGUUACCUAUCAACUGUUGGUGAAAAUAUCUUGUUUCAAUAAAUAAUGUCAAUAUUA